CCUGCUCUCACACACAUGUUGAUCAUUCAGCUAAUUUGGCAGGAAGUCUACAAAUUGUGUCAGUAGCAGUGUGGUCUGGAUUCUUCAGUCAUGGUGACUCAUUUCUAUCUAGGUGUGAUAUUCGUGGCUGUCUUUGCAACAACAGUUGCCAAUGCAGAUAUCAGUGUAAUCUGUGCAAAAGACUCUGUGAGAAUCACAUGGAGGAUCAGUGCGGAGCUGGUGCCACAUGCAGCUCGUCUCUUCCUGGGAAGCUGUAUGGCAUCUCGCUUCAGAGUUCUUCCCACUGGAGAGGGGGAAGCUCAAUUUAACUACAAGCUUAAUGACUGCAAAUUUAAAAAACGGAUGAAAGGGAAGCGUCUGCUCUUUCAAAAUGAACUGACUUACAGGCCGCAACCCAAGUCCAAAGGUGCAGCAUUUGUCUAUCCAGUGGAAUGUGCUUAUCCAAGGCCUGAGGGCUGGGUCCCGCCUUUCCUGAAUCCUGGAUCAGGAGUUUCUGAAGGUCGAGGCGGGCUGGUUUUCCACAUGGCACUCCUCAACGAGCAGUUAACGGGCAUGGCGAAGUCUAACGUCAUCCCGCUUGGUUCCUUUAUACCGAUAUGGGCAGCUGUGGAGCAAAAGUCCCAUCAACCCUUGCUGCUGCUCAUGGAGGAAUGCGUGGCCACGACAACACCAGCGCUGCAGCCUGGCAGUCAAGUUUACCCCAUUAUCACCAACAAGGGGUGUCUGACAGAAAGCACAAGGGGGAACUCUAUGUUCCUCCCUCGGUACCACUCGUCAGCCAUGGUCCUCUAUCUGCAGUCCUUUAAAGUUGGACCUGGAGAGGAGGUGUACAUUCACUGUAAACUGGUAGCAUGGGAUCCUCAGGCUUUUGAUGAAACUAAAAAGGCCUGCCAAUAUGACAAGCAAAACAUGAUAUGGGAACUCCUGGACGACCCCUCUCAGAGCUCCAUCUGUAGCUGCUGUGAUUCCACCUGCAGACCUCGUCACAAAAGAGGACUUUAUUCAGCCUCCAAUGGCUUUAGUUACAACUCCGUGUUGGGACCCCUGAUCAUUAUGGAUCCGUCUGACUCCAAGGCCAACACAUCAGGAGUGUCCAGUCUGAGCUGACAGAGGCUCGUAUGAAAGGAGGACUCAGGAGAAGACGACCUUGGCAUCAUGACCUCUACAUCAAAAUGUUGUGAUGUCCCUAUGAUCUAAUAAAACCUGAUUAGACAGAAAAUCUGUCUAAUUCCCUGAA